ACUCUUUGUGUCACGAAUAUCUUUAAAUCAUUGUCACGCAAGACUAAAUACUAAAGUUUGAUGCAAAACAUGGACAUAAGAAGUCUUAAAAAUAUAUUAAAAAAGUAUGUCGGACAGACCACUGAAAGUAACUGGAUUUUGUUCAUUAAAAUGGAAGGAAAUGUUUAGAUACAAUGUACAUCAACAAAACACGAGGCAAGCUAGCGAGUCGGAUAACAUCUGUCAUAUCUUGGUCACCGUACUUGUACCCUGUCGUUGCUGAUAAGUAUCAACGACCUUGACAUCCACGAACGCUGUUGUCGUCAGCUCGCAGUCAUGGAGUGCGAAUGGAUCAAAAUAGAAGCUAAGGGGGAAGUGCCCCUUGGUAGAAGCAGUCAUUCAACCGUGGUGAUCGGGAGAAAGGCGUUUGUAUUUGGCGGUGAAAACACUCCAAGGGUACCGAUCAGUAACAUUGUCCACUGCCUGAACAUGGACACGAAGACGUGGUCAGAACUGACCACGUCAGGCGAUGUCCCAAUACCGCUUAACGCCCACAGCGCCGCCGCAGUGGGUCACGUGAUGUACGUGUUUGGAGGAAGAACCGGAAUCACUAUGGGGGAGGGUAGUCUCAAUGACCUGUAUGCCUUUGACACCAGCAACAACGUGUGGUCUCUUUUGAAAACCUCUGGUGACGUACCUGCAGCUAGAAGCUUCCAUGCCAUGACAGCAAAUGCAGGUCGUCUUUACGUGUUUGGUGGUUGUGGAGUAGAAGGCCGCAUGAACGACUUCCAUUCGUAUGAUAUAGCCACCAACACAUGGGAGAAACAACCAACCAAUGACGACAUUGAAGGACGAGGUGGGGCAGGUCUGAUUGCUGUUGGGAAUGAUGUGUUUGUCGUCGGAGGUUUUGCAGGCCGAGAGAUGAACGACGUCCAUAGGUACGACACCGUUAACAAGACAUGGUCUAGACUGAUGACCGACAAAGAACUUCCUCCAAGGUCUGUAUUUGGAAUCACCUCAAUAUCUACUUUUAUCCUUGUUUGGUUCGGGGAGGUAGAUCCCUCCGACUUGGGACAUUCAGGAGCCGGAGGGUUUUCUAAAGACGGUUAUGUAAUGAACACUGUUAGCAAAACCGGAUGGGAGUUGAUGACAUGCGCAAGCGAAACACCGGAAGCAAGAGGUUGGAUGAAUGUUUCGCCCUGUAAUUGGAAUGGCCGAGACGGAAUGUUUUUAUUUGGAGGCAACAACGUUGACAACGAGAGGUUAAAUGAUUGUUAUUUCCUAUCUAUAAAGUUGUAACAUUCAUCCAGUGGUUUAAUUGUGGAAUCAUGGGAACUCUUAUAAUCAGAAACAAGGAAUACGCCGGGGAAGAUGUUUACUCGUUCAAAUGACGUUUUUUAAAUGGGUCCAAUGUAAUGAAACAUUGCACUGGUUCUAUAUAUCGCCAUAUAAGUCGAUAUUAAUUGAUAUGUAUUUUUAAACAGAUUUCGUUUCAUAUCACAGUUAGAAAACAAGUGUAAAAAUCUUAAUUCUUUCACGUGAAAGGGAAAUAAGAUUAAGAUCACUCUACUGGUAGUUUAUGAUAAUAUAUUGCCAAUAUAUUGUUCCGGGGCUUUUCUGGCUGAUUAGAAGGCACACAAUAUAACUAUGUUCAUGUAUAGAUAGAUGGUGCACUGCCAUCUUUGAAUUUGUGACGUCAUAUCAAUUGUUCUAACAUCAUGCGACAUGUUAUUAUCCUUUGCGCAAAUUUGGCAUCAUAUGAAACUCGUGUAAAUGUAGUAAGACGUGGUUUUGUCGUAGACGUAAAUAAACAGAAUAUUCUCUAUAGUCGGCUUCGUGAAAACAGGGUUCGACAUUGCCCAUGCUAUCGCCAAAACUUUCCCGUCCUAUGUAUAUUUUCCCCAAUUGUACACAACGAAAAGAGUACAGGACGAAUGGAAUAGAAACACAGCGAGAGGAAUAGAUGUACAGCGAAACGCAUAGAUACACGGCGAUUGGAAUAAUGGUAUUACACGGGAUGAUGGGAACACAAACAUCGUAUUCAUAAUUUUAUCCAAGGCUUCUGCAGUUAAAAUAAAAAUAUUUGUUUCGAAAGGAUGUUGUUCUAAAUUG